AUGGAGUUUCUCAAGCUUUUCUCUCUCUACAUUUCCAUGUCCUUCUUCUUCUUCUUCUUCUUCUUUAGUACCUCCACAAAGUCACUGUCUACUUCUGCAUCCACUUCCUCUGAUGUUGAACUUCUCUUGGGAAAAAUAAGAGCUUCACUGCAAGGUAACACUGACAACCUAGUUUUGUCUUCAUGGAACUCCUCAACACCACUUUGUCAGUGGAGAGGUCUCAAAUGGGUGUUCUCCAAUGCCACUCCUCUCUCAUGCACCGACUUGUCUUCACCUCAAUGGACUAAUCUUUCACUCUACAAAGACCCUUCUCUGCACCUUCUUUCUCUGCAGCUUCCUUCUGCUAAUCUCUCUGGUUCACUCCCCAGAGAGCUUGGGGAGUUCCCUAUGCUUCAAAGUCUUUAUCUUAACAUCAAUUCAUUGAAAGGAACCAUUCCUCUUGAACUUGGUUAUAGCACCUCUCUCUCUGACAUUGAUCUGGGUGAUAAUAUGUUAAGUGGGGUUCUUCCCCCAUCCAUUUGGAACUUGUGUGAGAGGCUUGUUUCCCUUAGAUUACAUGGUAAUUCACUAUCUGGGUCUGUUUCAGAACCCGCAUUGCCUAAUUCAUCUUGCAAGAAUCUGCAGUUGCUUGAUUUGGGUAGCAACAAGUUUUCUGGGAGUUUUCCUGAGUUCAUUACAAAGUUUGGUGGGCUAAAAGAGCUUGACUUGGGGAACAACAUGUUUAUGGGUACAAUUCCUCAAGGCUUAACUGAGUUAAGGCUUGAAAAAUUGAAUCUUUCCCACAAUAACUUUAGUGGGGUUUUGCCUUUCUUUGGAGAAUCCAAGUUUGGUGUGGAUGCUUUUGAAGGGAAUAGCCCUGGCUUGUGUGGACCACCUUUGGGAAGCUGUACUAGGAGCUCUACUCUGAGUUCUGGUGCUGUUGCUGGUAUUGUUAUUAGUCUUAUGACAGGAGCUGUGGUUUUGGCUUCUUUGUUGAUUGGGUAUAUGCAGAACAAGAAGAGGAAGGGAUGUGGAGAGAGUGAAGAUGAGUUGAAUGAUGAGGAGGAAGAUGAGGAAAAUGGUAGUAAUGCUGUUGGUGGAGCUGGUGAAGGGAAGCUUAUGUUGUUUCCUGGUGGUGACAAUUUGACAUUAGAUGAUGUGUUGAACGCAACUGGUCAAGUUUUGGAGAAGACAUGUUAUGGUACAGCUUAUAAGGCAAAGCUUGCUGAUGGAGGCACAAUUGCUUUGAGGCUAUUGAGAGAAGGCAGCUGCAAAGAUAAGGCUUCAUGCUUGUCAGUUAUAAAGCAAUUGGGAAAAAUUCGCCAUGAGAAUUUGAUUCCUUUGAGAGCUUUCUAUCAGGGAAAGAGAGGGGAAAAGCUCCUUAUUUAUGAGUAUUUGCCUCUCAGAUCCCUUCAUGAUCUUUUACAUGAACCUAAAGCAGGAAAACCAGUGCUGAACUGGGCUAGGCGACACAAGAUUGCAUUGGGUAUAGCGAGAGGACUUGCUUAUCUUCACACAGGACUUGAUGUUCCAGUUACACAUGCAAAUGUAAGAUCCAAGAAUGUGCUUGUGGAUGACUUCUUUGUGGCGAGGCUCACUGAUUUUGGCCUCGACAAGCUGAUGAUUCCAUCCAUAGCCGACGAAAUGGUGGCACUUGCCAAGACCGAUGGCUACAAGGCUCCAGAGCUGCAAAGAAUGAAGAAAUGCAACUCCAGGACCGAUGUUUAUGCAUUUGGUAUAUUGCUUUUGGAAAUCUUGAUUGGAAAGAAACCCGGGAAGAAUGGAAGGAGUGGCGAGUUUGUGGAUUUGCCUUCAAUGGUGAAGGUGGCAGUUUUGGAGGAGACAACAAUGGAAGUAUUUGAUGUGGAACUGUUGAAAGGGAUAAGAAGUCCUAUGGAAGAUGGGUUGGUGCAGGCACUGAAGCUUGCAAUGGGGUGCUGUGCACCAGUGGCAUCUGUUAGACCAAGCAUGGAUGAAGUUGUGAGGCAAUUGGAGGAGAAUAGACCAAGGAACAGGUCUGCAUUAUAUAGUCCUACAGAAACAAGAAGUGGAAGUGUUACCCCAUUUUGA